GUCCUUCCUCCUCUUCCUCCUCCUCCUCUUCUCUCCUCCAGACCUCCGGUAGCAGCAGCGGCGUCUCCGCGGACAUGGAGACCCAGUAGAGGAGCUCCAGCGGCGGCUUCUCUCCCCUCGUCGCUCCGGUGGAUGUUGGAUGCUACCAUGCCGUCUCCGCGGCUCUGGGCGGCUCUGUGCCUCCUCCUCACCGCCUCCUGCCGGCUGUGCGCGGCCGCCCGACACGGUUGUUUGUUCGAGAAGAAGCUUUGUCCCCGAGGUCAGCUGUGCAACGACGAUGGUUUGUUCGGACAGUGCCAGGACCCUCAGCAGGAGCCCGUCCAGUACCAGGUCUCGGUACCCGUCCUGCACAAACUACAGGAGGUCCUCAAAGACCUGAUGGUUCAGGGUCUGACCUGGAAGGAUGACGUGACUCAGGCGAUCAUCAGCCGAGAGUUGAGUCACGUCCCGACCGUUGGCGGCUCACGGUCCAAACUUCCUGAGAGAUCGUCCAAACAGUCCUCCAGGCUGAUGGGUCCUCAGAGAGUCAAAGGUCCGGCCGACCCCGACGUGAUGCAGCAGUACCUGGACUACAUGGUUCUGGAUCCGUCCCGGUCCUCGGUCCACAUGCAGACGCCUCUACUGGACCCCUACAGCUUCCACAAGCAGCAGUACGGCUACCAGGAUGAGGAGGAACGUUCCCUCAACUCUCUGGACGACAACGCCGGCUUCCCGUCUUUUUCCUCGUCAAGGUCCAGAACCAGAGGAAGCCCUUUGGACCGGGACCGGCAGCUCCUGGAGGAACUUCUGUCCCUUUACCUCACCUCUCCUUCCUCCUCCUCCUCUUCCUCACCCCGCCGAGGUCCUCCUGCAGGCCUCCCCUCUUCGUCGUCGUCGUCCUCCUCCUCCUUCUUCCCGGACCUGGACUUCCCGCUGGACUACGGCGAGGACUUUGUGUCCCAGAUGAGCGAGCAGCCGGAGGAGGCGGAGAAGAAGGUGGAGAAGGAGUACGACGCUCUGUCAGGACUGGACGAGCGAUCUCUGCAGAGAUUGGCUCUGCUGCUCAACCACUACGGCCUCGACAUGAAGGAUUUGUCUCCGGAGCAGAAGGACAACCUGCCGGCCGCUCUGAAGCAGCUGCAGAUGGAAAACUCCUACGGAUACAAGCAAACCAAAGAUAAAUAUGGAAAUAACGCUGCAACAGGGAAGAAGGUCACUGAGGGUUCGAUGGCCUUCAAGAUGGCUGCCCAGCAGGCUCCGCCCUCCACCGCCAAACCAGAAGGGUCCGUGAAGGAGGCGACUCCCAGCGAGGCGGCCAAACUGGACAAACUGGGACAGAAGCCGCUGGUCGAACAGCAGAAGGAGUUCGGCUACAUCGUGGCCAAUCAGAGCCCCCUGAGUCUGAAUCAAGGGGUUCACCUGCUGCAGCUGCUGUCAGAGAGGAUCGGUCUCUCCAGCGGCUCCUUCAUCAACAUCAGUGUGGUCGGACCCUCCAUCACCUUCAGAAUCAGACCAAACUCCAAGAACCUGACGGCUGCAGACGUGGCAGAAAAAGCUGUUGCAGAGAAAAACUUCCUGGAGUCUGAAACGGGCCUGAAGGUUCUGCAGAGCGGCGUUGGGGAGAAGAAUGAUGCAAAGGCAUUGCCCCUGGCGACCAGAGUCCAGCCCGGCUCCCGCUGGGUGUUUGCCACCCUGGUGGCCAUGGCCUGCAUCGGGGGCAUCCUGGUGGCGGCCAUGACUAUCGCCUGCCUCCGUCACCAUGCUCACCGGCUGGCAGCCAAGAAGCUGGGCCUGGGACCAGAGGGAGGUAGCUUCAGCCACCAGGAGUACCAGGACCUGUGUCGUCAGCACAUGGCCUCCAAAGGAGCCUUCGGACGGCUGGAAGCUGCAGCUCUGGGCGCCGUGGGAGGAGCUAGCGGAGGAGGAGGAGGAGGAAGUGGGAACGGAGGCGGAGGUGCUGGAGUCGGAGGAGGAGCGGUGGGAGGAGGAGGAGGCGCCGACUCCAGGGUGAGCAGUGUGUCAUCCCAGUUCAGCGACGGAGCUCAGCCCAGUCCCAGUUCACACAGCAGCACCCCGUCCUGGUGCGAGGAGCCGGCUCAGGCCAACAUGGACAUCUCCACUGGACACAUGAUACUGGCCUACAUGGAGGACCACCUGAGGAACAAGGACCGUCUGAUGAAGGAGUGGGAGGCUCUGUGUUCCUACCAGGCCGAGCCCAGCGCCGUCUCCGUGGCCCAGAGCGACGCCAACGUCAAGAAGAACCGCUGCCCCGACUCAGUGCCCUACGACCACUCCAGGGUGAAGCUGAAAGCCGAGAUCAACCCGUCACGGUCGGACUACAUCAACGCCAGCACCAUAAUUGAACACGACCCCCGGAUGCCGGCCUACAUCGCCACCCAGGGCCCCCUGUCACACACCAUCUCUGACUUCUGGCAGAUGGUUUGGGAGAACGGCUGCACUGUGAUCGUGAUGAUGACGGCUCUGGUCGAGGACGGAGAGAAACAGUGCGACCGCUACUGGCCUGACGAAGGCUCGUCCCUCUAUCACAUCUACGAGGUGAACCUGGUGUCGGAGCACAUCUGGUGCAACGACUUCCUGGUGCGCAGUUUCUACCUGAAGAACGUCCAGACGCAGGAGACCAGGACCCUCACUCAGUUCCACUUCCUCAGCUGGCCGGCUCAGGGCAUCCCCACCUCCACGCGCCCCCUGCUGGACUUCCGGAGGAAGGUGAAUAAGUGCUACCGAGGACGAUCCUGCCCCAUCAUUGUGCACUGCAGCGAUGGUACUGGUCGGACAGGGACAUACAUCCUGAUUGACAUGGUUCUGAACCGCAUGGCUAAAGGUGUGAAGGAGAUCGACAUCGCUGCAACGCUGGAGCACGUCAGAGACCAGAGACCUGGGAUGGUCCGCACCAAGGACCAGUUUGAGUUUGCGCUGACUGCAGUGGCUGAAGAGGUGAACGCCAUCCUCAAAGCUCUGCCCCAGUGAAACCAGUCCAGCCUGUCACUCCUCCCCGCCCCUCAGCUCACCCUGUUCCUCUCUGCCAUGAUGAAAAAUGACUUCUUUGCCUUGAAAACCCAACAGUGAUGUCACACAAAACAAAGUGAAGGUCAGGAAGGAUUUACACAGGAGUGGGAUUUUUUUAACCGUUUGUGGUGCAGACAUUAAACUCUGAACCACAAACUAAACACCAGAUUGAUCUACCUGUGAAAAUCCAACCUCAACUUCCAGUAGCUCCAGUUUAAGCCAGAUUUAAUUUUUCCUAGUCCGUGUGGUUAAAGUUUGUUGAACCUGUGCUGCUGUCAGAUGGUUUCCAACCAAGGAAGCUAAAUUUUAAAAAUCUAUUUUAAAUACAUGAAGUGUGAUGAUUACAUUAUAUUUCCACAUCCUGCUGCAUCCUCAUCUGACAAGAAAAAAAAAAAAAUCCUUCUGUUUGUGCCACUCAGAUCAUUUUAUGUCUCUGGAUAUAUUGUUAUUGACCUCUUGCAAGACAGAAAAUGCAACUAAAAAAUAUUCUAUGAAAAAAAUAAAAGCUAUUUUGUAUCUGUGACACCUUAAAUAAAUUUGUGUUCAAGUGCUGCAACAACA